AUGAUUGAAAUCAAAAAUACAGAACUUAUUAAUGAUACUUUCAAUCAACCAUCUCGAGAUACAUUUAUCUAUGCCAUUCUAUUCGAUGAAUCGUUCAGUUUAUUAUCAAUUCAUAAUACAAUUAUUGAUCGUUUGAGUCAACAAUGGACAAAAUGGGAACAAGGAAAUAUUCUUGCUAGUGAUGUACGAACAUGGGAAAAAUUUUCAGGAGAAAAAAAAGCAAUCGUUCAUAAAAUCUGGUCUUUAGUAGCUCAAAAAUCAGGAAGACAAGAUGAUAUUGAUAUAGUCUUCGAUAGCUCACAAAAUAUUCAUUCAAUUGAUAUACCAUCCGAUCUAUCUAAUAUUGUUCCAUUGGCUGAACAACUCAAUCCUUAUGCAACAGCAAGUGCUUGGCGCACAUAUCUCAAUCAACAAACAAGACCGAAGAGUAAUAAUCGAUCAGUAGGAAGACGAAGUCUUAAAGAACCAAUCGAACGACACUUAAGUGAAGAAAUUGACGAUGAUACUAGGUCACAAGAGCACGUAUUGUCAGCAGAUAAAAGUGAAAAAACAACAAAUGAAACGGUCAAAAUUGAAUGUAUAAGUAUACUUGAACAAGCCGUCAAAACUCUUCAAGAUUUUGAACAAAUAUUAAAACUUAUAUGUGAUAGUGGACGUCAAGUUCCUAUUGAUGAUAUUCUUUGCUUAUUUCCUGAUAUUGAUCAUGCUGAAAAUGAUAUAAAAUUACUAAUACCAUUAUUAAAUCAGGACAUUCUACCUUUAUUUUUUUCUGUAGCUUCGUUUUGGAAAGAUCAUAUACGUAUUCGAUAUAUAUGUACGGGUAUUAUGAAUUUGACUGGAAAAAUUUCUGCUAAUAUCGAUUUAAAUUUCUUGAACAGUAUACGGUCUAUUGAUGAAAAGACAUUAGGCGAAAUAUGUUUUUCAACAUAUGAAAAAUAUCGAGAACAAUUCGAAAAGAAAUGCUCAGCCAAUACUCUUACAUUAUUCUCGUACUAUGGUUCAUCAUGGGAUUUAUUUGAUUUUCUUGAUUCACUUACGGCUGAUGAUGUUUAUAAUUUACAAGAAGCUGUCAAUGAUUGGGAUGAAACAUUGCUGAAUACGAAAACAAUUUUUGAUUUUGCUACAGUAAAAAAUUUUCUCGAUCGUUCCUAUGCAACAAUGAAAAAUAAACAAAAAGAAUUGAAUGUUACUUCAUUAUCAUUUGAACAUAUAGUUGUAUGUUUUGAAAAUACAUGGAAAAAUAAUCAAUUUAAUGAUCUUUCCAGAUGUCUUGAAUCAUCGGCUUUAUCAUUAGCAAGUAUCAAACGUAUUCAUUUAGAAUUAACUGAUAAAGAACAAUCAAAACGACGUCGAAUAGCUGAUAUUCUACAAAAAUCAAAUAUUAAUUUUGUUCUCAUUGGACAUCAUGAAAUAACAUUUGAUAUUGAUGUUAAACUUCCGAAUCAACAACAACAAACAACAAUAAAUGACGAACAAAAAAAACAAAAUAUAACAUUUGCUGAUUUAAGUGAACUUCGUGAUCGUGCACGUCUACUUGAAUAUUCUAGUAAUAUACAAAAAGUUGAUAAUAAUAACAAAGAACAUGAUAUAGAUAAAUUGCGUAAUUUUAUUCAAUUUAUUAGUGUUGUUGAGACAACUCUAGAAACUCUAACAAAUUUAUAUAUGACUGGUCAUCCAUCUGUUUCAAAAUUUCUCUUUCCAGAAAAACAAUUCCUAUGUACAGAUGGUAAUUAUGAUGAAUUAAAAGAAAAUAAUACGAUAUUAACUAAUUUAUUUGAUAAUUGGCAAAAGAAAUUGUUGGCUAUGUAUGAAAUACAUAUUGAUUUAACAUAUUUUACAGGUGAUCAAUUUUGGCUUAUUGAAAAUUAUAUUUACAAUUUAUCAUCAGUAUCUCAUCCUGGUCAUCAUCUACUUAGAUUUAUUGAUAUUGAUCCGAAAUUAAUUCAAAAACCAGAUAAAAAAUAUGAUAUACCAGAAGAUCGUCUAGAAAAUCUUGGAAUUUUACUUUCGAAUUUACGACCAGACAUUACUGAUCAAAUAGAAAAUUUUAAAUAUGAAAAAAUUCUUCUUGUUGAAACAACAAAUGAAGGUAUUCUUCGUGCUAUUCUAUCUCUAUUUCGAAAAAUAAAUAUUCAACCACAUAUUCAUCAUCUAUUCUAUUGUACAACACGAACAAAUUCGAUAGAAAUUCGUGGAUUUAUUUAUCGUUGUUUUUAUUCACAAUCAUUUCAUCAACUUAUUCGACCUGAACUUCUUUCUCAAUCUAUACAAAGUCAAUUUGUUUCUUUACUACGUUCAUUAAUGAAAGAAAAACCUGAUCAAAAUUUUCGAAUUGGUAUUAUUACAACAACUAAUAUGAGAAAUCAACAACUUAUCAAUGGACUUCGUUCAAUGCGUAUUGUCGAUAUUCUACGUGAUCAAGAUUUAUUAAAUAAAACAGAUUUUCAAAAAUUAAUUCAAGAUAUGAAUAAAAAUUGUACACUUGUUACAUCGAGAAUAACUGGUUUAGGAAAAUCAGCUAUUAUUCGUCAAGCAAUAGAAAAAUCUAACAAGAAAUAUGUAAAAUUUCCAAUCUAUGAUGAUUUUGAUAUUGAUACAUUAGCUGAACGACUUCGUUCGAACUAUUCUCAACUUCAAAUAGGAGCUAUUCAUGUUGAUAUUGGUACAACUGCUGAUAGUCAACAAUUGAAUGAAAUUCUUUAUUGUCUACUACUUUUUCGAAACUUUCGUUUUGGACAUGUAGCUGUUUCAAUACCAGCCGAGACAAUUGUAUAUAUUGAACUUGAUGCAUCACCGGAUUCGACUCUCAAUAAAUUACCAUUGUUUCAAUAUAUAACUCCAUCAAUAGUCGUCGAAAAAGUCGAUUGGACAACUCUUAAUAUAAGCAAUAAAGAAAUUCAAGCUGUGGCAAAUUAUUUGAAAGCUAUCGACAGUAAAGCCAUUAUAAAACAGGAUGUUAAUCCAUCAAUAUUUCAAAAUUUGGAUGUAACAACAUGUGUUCGUCUUAUUCAAGGUCCAUUUCUUCCAAAAAAAGAUGUUGAUUACAUAACAUGGACUCAAUUAUCGAUAUUUAUUGCUGUAUUUUAUCGUCUAUUUACAGGCUUUUCACAGUGUGGUUAUUUCUUAGUUGAAUCAAUUCCCGAUACACAAUUACAACUUCGUAUGGAUCUUGUUCAAACACUUCUUCAAUCAACAAAUCAAUUUACUUCACUUUCAGUUGAAGCUGUUCGUAAACAACAACGAUCAGCUGCUAGUGGUGAACCGACAAUAUUCAGUGAUGCUAUCGUUCGAUGGGAUACAAUUCAACCGUUUACAUUAGUUUUUACAUCUAGUGAUGAGCCGCUAUUCGUCUAUAAGAAACCAACAGAUGUACCUCAAGCACUUGUCAAAUAUUUUGAAUUUUACUAUCAAGCAUUAGGACAAAAUAAAAUAAUGCGAAAUACAAUUUUUCUAGAUUAUACUACUCUUAGUCAUGGUCAACUUUUUCUUAAAUUAGCUUCACUUUCACGUAAAUAUUUUAAUAAAUCAAUUUGUCCGCAAUGUUUUGGACAAUAUGAUUUUAAACAACAAAAAUGUGACAAAUGUGAAAGUAAAAAUAUUCUUAUUCGACCAAAAUCAUUCGAUCAUAAAGAUAUCGAACAAUUUCAGCUUGAUAUUGCAAAAAAACUUGAAGCUGAGUAUGUUAUUACACCAGAUAAUUUUAUUAAAAUGCUUCUUAUUUAUAUGCGAAUACAAAGUGGUAUACCUGUUUUAAUCAUGGGUGAAACAAGAUGUGGAAAAACAUCAUUAAUUCAAUUUUUAUCUCAAAAAGUUCUUGAUGAAGAUUUAGAAAUUUUUCUUCAAACAUAUACUAGUCAAGAAAAACGUUUAUGGAUCUUUUUUGAUGAAUUUAAUACGACACCCAAUAUUGGUCUUCUCAAAGAAAUUAUGUGCGAACGAACAUUACUUGGAGAACCAUUGCCAGAUAAGAUGGUGUUUUUAGGUGCUUGUAAUCCACGACGACAGAAAACAGUAAAAAUUCUUCAAAAUGAUAAUGUUCAUGUUGGAUUACGAAAAAAUCGUUAUGAAAUGCAAAAACUUCUUUGGGCAGGUACUGAUCAACGUCUUUUAUAUACGGUUGUACCAAUUCCAGAAACUAUGCUCGAAUAUAUUUGGGAUUAUGGCUAUUUGGAUGAGUCAACAGAAUUAGCUUAUAUAAGAACAAUGUUAAACGUAUGUAAACAUCUUUCGAGUGUUUCAGUUUUAUUCGAUCUUGUGGUUAAUCUUCUUGUUCAAUCUCAAAAUCAUUUUCGUCAAAUUGAAGAUGCAAGUAGUGUAAGUCUACGAGAUAUUGCUCGUUUUUGUCGUCUUUACAAUUGGUUUCUUGAUUCAUUAAUUCAACGAUAUUUUAAACAAACAUUUCAACAACAGUCUGAAGUUGUCAUUCGUCGAGCAAGUUUAAUUGCAUUAAUGCUUUGUUAUUAUUUUCGAUUGCGUUCUGUCGAACUACAAGAUGUCUAUACACAAAAAAUGCAAUCGAUUAUAGCAACAAAAUAUUCUCAAGUAGCUAAUAUUCCUAAUUAUUUAACAGCUUAUAUUUUUCAAACUGAACAAAAGAGAUUAAUUCAUGAUCGAAUGGAAGUACCACCAAGUACUGCACGAAAUCGAGCACUUCGUGAUAAUAUUUUUGUUCUUCUUGCUUGUAUUGUCAAUCGUAUACCUUUGUUUUUAUGUAGUAAACCUGGAAGUAGUAAAUCGUCAGCUGUUCAAAUUCUUAUUAGUAAUUUAAAAGGAAAAAAAUCUAAAGAUCCAUACUUUCAAGUCCUCCCAGAACUUGUAGCUGUUUCAUUUCAAGGUUCACAAAAUUGCACAUCAGAAAGUAUAAUAAAAGUUUUUGAACGUGCAUCAAAAUAUGCUGAAGUUCGAAAUGAUUCUGAAAUAUUACCUGUUAUUGUUUUUGAUGAAAUUGGUCUUGCCGAACUUUCUCCACAUAAUCCACUCAAAGUUUUACAUGCUGAAUUUGAAGUUGACAAUAGUAAAUUUGGUUUAGUUGGUGUAUCAAAUUGGCGACUUGAUGCAUCGAAAAUGAAUCGUGCACUUUAUCUAUCAACACCAGAUCCAGAUGUUAAAGAUUUGCAACUUACAGGUUUUACAAUUGCUCGAAGUAUGCAACAACAAACUGAUGGUCAAGUAGUUCAACUUGACAAAUUCAUUAUUGAUAGUCUUUCUCAAGCGUAUCAUGAUUUAUAUGAACAUUUAAAAGAAACUCAACCAAAAUAUGAAAAUUAUUUUGGUCUUCGAGAUUAUUAUUCUCUUAUUAAAGGUAUUGCUCGUGAUACAAUGAAUUUAAAAGAUAAAUGA